CAGUGGCAUUGUUGCGUCAAUUUCUCUAAGUCAUUUACAAAACCUUCGCGAAAAUUCCGGUAACGGUGUUAAAACUGUGUGUAAAUACGAAUUAAUUAAUCCAUUGAGAAAUGUUAUCUAGGUGUCAAUUUCCUCUCAUCUUUUUUCGUGUAAAAAAUAUGAAGUGAGUGAAUUUUUGUUAAUUUUUUUGCUAUCAAUUUUAUCAUCAUUGCGACCGCAACAGAUCAAAUUCUUCUAAUCGUGAGAUAAUCUGUGCGGAUAAUUGAGAAUUGAAGUAAUGGUUUGAAUCUAUGACAUAUUGAUAGAGAUUUAGAAUGGAUUUGUGCCUCGGUUGAAGUACCAAAGGUCUUUUGUAUCCUGCCACCUCUUCGAAUGAUGCCUGCGGCGGACGGUUCUGCGCCCCGAACAUCUUCAAAAUGGUUCAGAACUUUUUUGGCAGUUACGGGAGCCAUUGGCAUCGAGUUCAUUGCAGGCACCAUCGAAGCGCAAUCAGCCGUUUUAUUACCACAAUUAGAGGGAAGCAAGGAGCUUCCAAUAACGAAGGAUCAGGCCUCAUGGAUAGCAAGUAUGGGAACUCUGCUGUGUCCCCUUACGUCUAUUCUUUGCGGUCCGUUGAUGGAUAUAUUAGGACGACGAUUGGUCUUUAAGAUCUAUUAUUCAGUUUCUACGAUUGGAUAUUUAAUAAUAGCGUUUGCCAAAGAAGUUUGGCAUCUGUACAUAGGUCGGCUAUGCUUAGCUUUUUCACUCGGUUUCACGGUGGCCAACGUGAUUUACCUGCCGGAGAUCACGACGACGAGUCAGCGAAGCCUCGUGCUGGCGACGAUCAACCCGCUGUUCUCGCUGGGCCUCCUGUUCAGCUACGUCGUCGGCGGGUACCUACGCUGGGACGUGGCCUCCCUCAUCCACACGCUCAUCUGCGGCCUGGGCCUCUUCUCCGUCCUCUUCCUCCCCGAGUCGCCGGCCUGGCUCGUCAAGGAGCAGCGCCCCGAGGAGGCCCGCAACGUCUUCCGCUGGCUCGGCCGAAAUGCCGCCAAGAUCGACGGGGACAUCUCCCGACUCCAAACCACAGGAAACGGACCGGUGAAGCGCUCGAUCCCGCUGAAGCAACUGCGCCACGCCACGGUCUGGAAACCCUUCCUCAUCCUCAUCACGUUCCACUUCCUGCAGACGAUGACCGGCAUCUACAACAUCAUGUUCUACACGGUCGAGUUCUUCCGGGACCUGGGCACCGCCUUCGACCCCGUCCUGGUGACGAUCGGCUUCGCCUUCUCGCGCUUCGUUGUCUGUGUCACCGUGGGCUACUACUUCACUACCAAGUGCCCGCGGCGGGUGGCCACGGCCGUGUCGGGCUUUGGGUCCGGCGCCGCGUAUCUCGUCGCCGUCGCCUACGAGGUCUGGUGGAAGGGUGACCGGCGCUUCCAGUGGGUCCCGGUCGCCGCGGUUCUCGUGUCGUGUGUCUUCUCCACGGCCGGGGUCCAGGCUCUCCCGUGGAUUAUGACCGGCGAGGUGUACCCGCUCUCCGUGCGCGGGUGCAUGGGCGGCGCGACAUUCUUCGUCGGGAACGUGUUCCUGUUCCUGUGCAUCAAGUUCCACUUCGCGCUGGUCGAGGCCCUGGGGAUGCCCGGCGUGAUGACCUUCUUCGGGGUGGCGUGCCUCGUGUCGGGCGCCUUCGGGCUCCUCGUCCUCCCGGAGACCCAGGGCAGGACCAUGCUCCAGAUCGAGCUCGGCUUCAUGGUCAAGAAGCGGAAGCCGCCACCGGAGAGGAAGUUCCGAUACGUCAAGGAGGAGGAGCUCUGGUUCGAGCCGCCCAACGUGGAUCAAGCACCGCUCGAGGUUCAGCCCGGGACGGAGGAGGAGUUCGCUGCCAAACAACCAUAAAUGGAAUGGAGAUGUUGCAUGUGUGAGGAAUUUGCGAUGUGACUACUGAGUCGUAUGUAAAAGUUCGCGAGAAACACGAUGGUGCCACUGGUUUCUCUGAAAUCAACACCCACACUGGAAAAAAAAGA